AGUUCACAGUGUAUACGAUCAUAGCCUAAUCUUAUUAGGCAAAAAUACUUCUUAGCAGCUGUCACUAUCAUGUUGAUGUUGAAGUGACAAUUACAUCAGCUGGUUUUGUUUGUUUUUUUAUGUUCCCUCGUCUCAAUUUCGCUUUGCUGAAUCAUUUAUAAACAUUUAAAAAAUUUUGGGCGAUUUUGCAGUUCUUUCCAGAUUCUUUCCAUGCUGAUAAACAUGUCAAUGUUUGAGAUAUAAAUAAAGGGGUUUCCGUUAAUUUGUCAGACAAAGUUAAGGUCUUCACUAAACAUUGUUUGCCUUCUUGCUUAGAAUAACUGAAGCCCUUACUAUGGAGUACUUUAGUGGAUCCAGAAAAAUUCUACGAUUCAUCAUGGAAGAUUGGAAAUUAUUAUUGUUUUUAACAUUUGUAUUUGCUGUUUACUUUUACUAUACAAGCACUUUCGACUUUUUUGAAAAGAAAGGUGUUAAAUACAUGAAACCUACAAUUUUCGUCGGCAACAUGGGCAAAAGAAUAGCUAGCAAGGUUUCGUUUCACACAUUUCAAUUGGAAAUAUAUAAUUAUUUCAAAGGAAACCAAUUCGGAGGAUUUUUUGAAGGAAGAAGACCAGUUUUAUACCUAAUGGACCCAGAGCUCAUAAAAGCUGUUACCAUUAGAGAUUUUGAUUAUUUCACAGACCGAAAUACUUUACGCAUAAAAGAAGCAAGAUACAUCAGUCAGUCACUUCUGAAUCUUAAGGGUUCAGAAUGGAAAGCUGUCCGCAGCACACUCACCCCAGCAUUCAGCUCAGCACGUCUGAAACAUAUGCUGCCACUUAUUGAGCAUUGUUCUCAGCAGUUAGUUGAAUUUUUAAAACAAUAUGAUGGAAAAGAUGUAGAAAUGAAAGAUACAUUGGGACAUUUCACACUGGAGGUCAUAGGCGCUUGUGCGUUUGGAAUAAAAUGCGACGCACUUACUGACGAAAAUGCACAUUUUGUGAAGGUUGCUGAGAAAUUCAACUAUAUGUCCAAGACCAAAAGAAUAUUUCUUUUAAUGGUACUGAUGAUUAUGCCCAAAAUGAUGCAGUAUCUAAACAUGUCGUUUCUAAACACAGAGAGCAUCGCAGAGCUAAUGGGCAUAUUGCAGAAAGCAAAAGCUGAAAGAAGAGCAACGGGCAUUAAGAAAAACGACUUUCUACAACUUCUUAUAGAUGCCGCUGAUACAGAAAAUCACCAAGAGACUUCUGAUUCGGAAAAAUCGAAGGUUAAAGCAACCUUAGAUGACGACACUAUAGACGCACAGACACUAUUGUUCCUCAUCGCGGGGUACGAAACAUCAAGUACUCUGUUAUCCUUUGCUAUACAUGCCUUGGCAACCAGACCCGACUUACAGGAUAAAUUGCGUGCCCACAUUGAAGAGUGCACUAGUGGGAAAGAAAUGAGCUAUGAACUCCUGUCUCAACUCUCAUAUUUGGAGGGAUUUUUACUUGAGACCCUACGCAUGUACCCGCCAGUAUCCCGCGUUGAUCGCGUCUGUGUGAAGCCCUACACUCUACCAGGCACAUCGGUGCAAGUCAAUGUUGGCGACGCAGUGGCCAUCCCCAUAUACGGCGUCCAUAUGGAUCCAGAGUAUUACCCGGAACCGGAAGAGUUCCGUCCAGAGAGGUUCAUAGGAGACGCUAAGAAGGAACGUCCAUCCCAUCUCUUUUUAGCCUUUGGCGCUGGACCUCGCAAUUGUAUUGGUUUGAGAUUCGCAAUGUUUUCCGCAAAACUGGCGAUGGUGAAGCUCCUGAUGAACUUCAAGUUCUCUGCAUGCUCCAAAACUAACAACCCAGUGAAAAUUGACAAGAGGGCUUUCUUGUUGAAAGCAGAUGGCGGGUUAUGGGUGCGCUUGGAUAAAAUAUAACUGAAUUUAUAUUUACAAUUAAAUAGUAUUUAAUAUAGCUUGCCAGUCUACAGUGAUAUAAAAUUAUAGUGCCAGAGUUAAAAGUAAUGAUAACAGUCUUUGUUUGAUAUAUUUUUUCAUAAAGUAAUAUCAUAGGAAAUACAAAGUCAUAAAACAAGUCUGUGAUAGCCAGUGCAAAUAUUGAGUGAUAAGGUAACUGUGGUGAGAUUUUGUAACCGAAAUAUACAACUUGUAGUUGCUAGUACAAUUAAUUUACAUUUAAUCAAUCAAAACUGAAUUUAUGAAGGAAUCUCUUCUUGAGAUCCUGGUUUUUUAGGGAUAAAGGUGUUGGCUUUUGAUAUUGAGAUUAAAAGUAUAAAAUUGCUUG